UUGAAUUUAUACUCGCCUGCUCUUCUCAGUUCUGACUCGCCUUUUUUCCACCUUGGAAGCGAGCUCGAGUCCGGCGCUCCGCCCCCGUCGGUCGCUUUCGUCUUCCUCGCUCCGCUCCACUGGCCUCCAGCUCCCUCUGUUGGUGGUUUCCCUGACCGCCCAGGGCCGAUCGCGAAAAACCGUCGCGCCGAGGUCCGAGAACCGCCCUCGGUUUCUCGAAGGCCGCGGUGUCGACUCGGGGCGAAGUCUGCAGCAUGAGAGUUUCCACCUAGUGAGCAUUCUAGGAGUUUCUUGGUAGGGGUGGUUUGGGAGGGGGGACUUGUUAGGGUUUAUUGUGGAGGAUUGGCCGAGAUUGAUGAAAGUCCGAGGGAAGAUCUGGCAUCUAUGACGAAGCGUGAUCCUCGCCGGCGGCGCAGUGGAGUGCUCCGCAGAUGGAAUGGCAGAUCUCAUCGGCACCGUGGAUUGUUGACAAGGCAAUUUCUGCAUUGAAGAGAGGCACUAAUUUGCUGAAGUAUGGUAAAAAGGGGAAAGCAAAAUUCUAUCCAUUUAGACUGUCUGCUGACAAGUCAUCAUUGAUUUGGUUAUCAAACGGUGAAGAGAAAUGUUUGAAGCUAACAUCUGUUUUGGAAAUUGUCCGUGGUCAAAGAACUCCUGUUUUUAGACGACAUCUAUGCUCAGAGAAGGACCACCUGUCCUUUUCACUUAUAUAUGAUAAUGGGACGAAGUCUCUUGAUCUGAUAUGCAAGGAUAGAUUUGAGACAGAGGUGUGGUUUGCUGGCCUGAAGGCACUGAUUUCUUCUCAUCAAGGUGGACGACCAAAAAUUGAUGGAUGGCGUGAUGGUGGACUGUAUUUUGAAGAUUCCAGGGAUCUGAAUCUUAUAUUGAAUAGCCCCAGUGUAAGUUCAAUUGGCUCUGUAUUGGAUAGUAGUUCUCCGGACAUCGAUUUUAGUGUUAGAACUUCACCAGUGAUCUUUUCUGAAAGUUCUGUACACUCAGAAAGAUCAGAUGUUGCAAAUAUGCUUGUGAAAGGUGUCUCUUCUGAUAUUAUCAGAGUUAGCGUUUCUAGUGCACCCAGCACAUCAAGUCAUGGUUCUGCACAAGAUGACUGUGAUGCUUUAGGUGAUAUUUAUGUGUGGGGUGAUGUCAUAUGUGAAAUUUCAACGAGAAAUGGUACUGAUAGAGGUAUCAAUUUUUCCAAUGGGAGAACUGAUUUACUUUUGCCUAAGCCCUUGGAGUCAAAUUUAGUUUUAGAUGUUCACCGUGUGGCUUGCGGUGUCCGGCAUGCUGCUCUUGUGACAAAACAUGGAGAAGUAUUCACAUGGGGUGAGGAAUCUGGAGGGCGACUUGGCCAUGGGGUUGGAGAUGAUGUUGUUCACCCUCGUCUUAUUGAAUCUUUGGCUCUAAAUAGUGCAGAUUUGGUUGCCUGUGGGGAGUUCCACACUUGCGCUGUAACUUCUUCAGGCGAACUUCUUACUUGGGGUAAUGGCACUCACAAUGUUGGUCUUCUGGGACAUGGUAAUGAUGUCAGUCACUGGAUACCAAAAAGAGUUUCAGGGCCACUGGAGGGUAUUCAAGUUCAAUAUGUUAGUUGUGGCACCUGGCACACGGCCUUGGUAACUUCGAUGGGGAAGUUAUUCACUUUUGGCGAUGGAACAUUCGGUGUUUUGGGUCAUGGGAACAGAGAAAUUGUUGUACAGCCAAGGGAGGUAGAAUCCUUAAGGGGUUUGAAAACCAUUGCAGUGGCAUGCAGUGUAUGGCACACAGCUGCUAUAGUAGAGGUUAUAGUAGCUCAGCACAACAACAGUGUACCUUCUGGAAAAUUGUUUACCUGGGGUGAUGGGGACAAAUAUCGCCUCGGACAUGGUGAUAAGGAACCACGACUUGAGCCUACUUGUGUUGCUUCACUGAUUGACCACACUUUUUACAAGCUAGCCUGUGGUCAUAGCCUUACAAUUGGCUUGACAACUUCUGGACAAGUUUUUACAAUGGGAAGUAGUGUUUAUGGCCAGCUUGGAAAUCCACAAUCUGAUGGAAAGCUUCCAUGCUUAGUUGAAGAUAAACUUGUUGGUGAAUGUGUGGCAGAAGUUGCUUGCGGUUCAUACCAUGUUGCAGUCCUAACAAGUAGAGGUGAAGUCUAUACAUGGGGAAAAGGUGCUAAUGGGAGAUUGGGCCAUGGAGACCUUGAAGAUAGGAAAGUACCUAACCUUGUUGAAGCUUUAAAAGAUAGAGCUGUCAAAUAUAUUGCCUGUGGUGCUAACUUUACAGCUGCGAUAUGCCAGCAUAAGUGGGUAUCAGGUGCUGAGCAGUCGCUAUGCUCAUCAUGUAGACAAACUUUUGGCUUCACCCGCAAGCGACAUAAUUGCUACCAUUGUGGGCUUGUUCAUUGCCACUCAUGUAGUUCCCGGAAGGCCUUGAGAGCUGCCUUGUCUCCUAAUCCAGCAAAACCUUACCGAGUUUGUGAUUCCUGCUAUGUGAAAUUGAAUAAUGUAUUAGAAUUUGGAGCAGUAAACAACAAAAGAAAUGGUUUUCCUCGCUUAUCAGGUGAAAGCAAGGACAGGUUCGAAAAAAUAGAGACAAAAUCAACAAAUUUUGUGUUACCAACUAACUUGGAUCUCAUAAAGAGUCUGGAUAUUAAAGCAGCCAAAUUCGGGAAGAAACAUGAUUCCUUGUCCAUGAUUGGAGCUACUCAAAUCAGCUCAUUCAUGCAGAUGAAAGAUUUUGCUUUAGCUGGUGGGACUGAUCUGCAGCGAGUAGCUCCUAGAGUGCUUAGCACAUCCAUGGUUCAAUCUAUCAAUCAUUCAAGAGCGGUUUCACCUUUUUCUAGAAAAUGUAGUCCUCCACGUUCUGCAACACCAGUAUCCACAACUUCUGGAGUUUCUUUCUCGAAAAGUUCUACUGACAAUCUGAGGAAGACAAAUGAGCUAUUGACUCAAGAAGUCCAGAAAUUACGUCUCCAGGUCGAAAACCUUAGUCAGCAUUGUGAACUUCAAGAACUUGAAUUGCGAAAAUUGGCUAAGAAAGCUCAAGAGGCUAUGACAGUGGCUGCUGAGGAAUCAGCAAAAUCAAAAGCUGCCAAAGAAGUUAUCAAAUCCCUAACAGCACAGCUUAAAGACAUGGCUGAGAUCUUUCCCCAAGGCUUCUUCAAAAAUGAUGCAGCAAGACACUUAGAUUUUCCGAAUGAGGUGGGCUUAUAUCCAAGUCCUCUUGCCAUUCCAGAUGGAGAUCAUCAACCAAGAAGCAAUCCAAACAAUUCUCCUGAUUCUAUUGGAAUUAUUGUCAAUGGAAACUCAAAUCAGAAUCAUGCAUCAAUGGAUAGCUGUGAAUCUAACAAACUGAGUGCAGAUCUACAACACAUUAGGCAGGUGAGUUCCAACGAAAUGGAACAAGACUUCAGUAGUGGACAACAUGACAGCAAUGCAGAGAGAUCAUCCAUCAGUAAUUCUGAUGUGGAUCACAAAGAAAGUGAACAACCUCAAAAUGUUGACAAGGAUUGUAAGUCCCAAAGUCCCAUUUCAUCAGGUAAUCAAAUUGAGGCUGAAUGGAUCGAGCAGUAUGAACCUGGUGUAUAUAUAACUCUCUUAUCCCUCCAUGAUGGAACUCGAGAUUUGAAGAGAGUCCGGUUCAGUCGAAGAAAAUUCGGGGAGCAUCAGGCAGAAGCAUGGUGGUCAGAAAACCGUGAAAAGGUCUACGAGAGAUACAAUGUUCGCGGAUCAGAUAGGGCAUCAACAACAGUAUCUAACCAUUCUGCACAUAGAUCAUAAUAAGAUCAUUUGUGUACCUGCAAUGCUUAGAAGUUAGUUUGAUCACCCAAAGCCAAAAGGAGUGAAAAUCCCUGGUGCCUUUUUAAGCCUUACUCGAUUGUUCCAACACUGACACGGGAACUUCUGAUCUACUAUCAAAAUGUAUGUUCUCCUCGUGAACAUCAUGUUCUACUCUUUUAGAUCUGGCCAUUACCUAUUGUAAUGCGAUGUACAUACAGAAUCUCAGAGAUGAGAACAAUAGGAAGCAGCCUUUUUCUUCCUACUAGUAGAGAUGAAAUUUCUUUUUAAAAUGUAGAAUGCCCUUUUCUUAAUGAUGCUGCAAUUUGACAA